CCGGAUGGUGCGCGUGCGGCCGGGGCAGAGGAGACGCCAGCGCCGCGCGGGCCUGCCGCGGGCCGCUGUAGGGCAGGGUCACAGUUCCCACAUCAUCCAUGGGAAGACUGAAGAGACAGCAGGGAAGAGUCAGCCUUGGGUGAUGGUCUCACUGCUUGCCCACAGGUGCUGACACCCAUUUUGGACUCUGUACGUGGCAGCGUUGGCCACUGAACAGGCCAGCCUCUCUCUGGGAGUGCCUGAAUUGAAGUGCCUCAUCAGAGAACCUGACUCCCUGCUGUUGGGGGAGCAUCCCAGCACUUUCGGGUGUCCCAGUCCCCACAGGAAUGCACCAUGCCAAUAGUCGAUAAGUUGAAGGAAGCCCUGAAACCCGGUCGCAAGGACUCAGCUGAGGAUGGGGAACUGGGAAAGCUCCUGGCCUCCUCUGCCAAGAAGGUCCUUUUACAGAAGAUCGAGUUUGAGCCGGCCAGCAAGAGCUUCUCCUACCAGCUGGAGUCCUUGAAGAGCAAAUACAUCCUGUUAAACCCCAAGACUGAGGGAGCCAGUCGCCCCAGGAGUGGAGACGAGCUUCAGACCAGGAGACAGGGGAAUGAGCGCCCAUGUGGUGGUGAUGGAGUCCCAGCCCCACAGAAAGUGCUCUUCCCCACAGAGCGCCUGUCUUUGAGGUGGGAGCGGGUUUUCCGAGUUGGCGCAGGGCUGCACAACUUGGGCAACACCUGCUUCCUGAACUCCACCAUACAGUGCUUGACCUAUACACCGCCUCUGGCCAACUAUCUGCUCUCCAAGGAGCAUGCACGCAACUGCCACCACGGGAGCUUCUGCAUGCUGUGCGUCAUGCAGAACCACAUUGUCCAGGCCUUCGCCAACAGUGGCAACGCCAUCAAGCCCGUCUCCUUCAUCCGUGAUCUGAAAAAGAUCGCCCGGCACUUCCGCUUUGGGAACCAAGAGGAUGCACAUGAGUUUCUCCGGUACACUAUCGAUGCCAUGCAGAAGGCCUGCUUGAACGGCUGUGCCAAAUUGGAUCGUCAAACACAGGCUACUACCCUGGUGCAUCAGAUUUUUGGAGGGUACCUCAGGUCACGAGUGAAGUGUGCUGUGUGCAAGAGCGUCUCGGACACCUACGACCCCUACUUGGACAUAGCGCUGGAGAUCCGGCAAGCUGCAAAUAUUGUGCGUGCUCUGGAACUUUUUGUGAAACCAGAUGUCCUGAGUGGAGACAAUGCCUAUAUGUGUUCUAAAUGCAAGAAGAAGGUCCCCGCCAGCAAGCGCUUCACCAUCCACAGGACUUCCAACGUGCUCACGCUUUCCCUCAAACGCUUUGCCAACUCCAGUGGGGGGAAGAUCACCAAGGAUGUAGGCUAUCCAGAAUUCCUAAACAUCCGUCCAUAUAUGUCCCAGAGUAAUGGCGAUCCUGUCAUGUAUGGGCUCUACGCUGUCCUGGUCCACUCAGGUUACAGCUGCCAUGCUGGGCACUACUACUGCUAUGUGAAGGCGAGCAGCGGACAGUGGUACCAGAUGAAUGACUCCUUGGUCCAUUCCAGCAACGUCAAGGUGGUUCUCCACCAGCAGGCCUACCUGCUCUUCUACCUGCGAAUUCCAUGCUCUAAGAAAAGUCCCGAGGGCCCCAUUUCCAAGACAGGCUCUGCUCUUCCCAGUCGCCCAAGUGUGGUUCUAGAUCAUACCAAGAAGAACGUGAGCAAUGGGGUUGCUUCUUCCCCACCAACUGCAAAGCGACCAGACCCUGCGCUGCUGAGAAAGCUGCAGGUCCCCGAGGAGAUCGGCACGCCUGUUUCAAGGAAUGGCUCUGUGCCAGCCUUGAAGUCACAGAAUGGAUGCGGUCCUGCCAAGCUGUCCUUGGGGUCCCCUUCCCCCAAACUCUCCCAAACACCCACACACACCCCGUCCCUUCUGGAUGAGUCUGGAAAGAAGGUGAAGAAGCCUGCUCCCCCACAGCACUUCUCCCCGUCCCUCCGAACGCCUCAGGGCUCACCUGGUACCAGCGAAUCUGGGAGUCGUCGGCAGGGCUCCUGGGACAGCCGAGACACCAUCCCCUCUACCUCACCGAAGCUCCUGGCCGGUGCCAUUGCAAAUGGGCACGGGCUGAAGGGGGAAAACGGGAGCACAGACCUUGAGAAGGGGGUUUCCAGCAGCUCCAGCCCAGAGCACUCUGCCAGCAGUGACCCCACCAAGGUCCCACAGGCCCCCGAUGGCACGACCACUCGCAUCUGUGCUUCUCAGGAAACAGACUGUCCCUCUGGUCACUCCAGAGCACUUCUGAGUGAAACGGAUCCUGCAGUGGGGAAGCUGAAGUCCCCCGCCCUGGGCAGCACCACCCCUGAGCCUGUGAACCUCAUGUCUCCUCCACCAGCCAAGAGGCUAGCCCUGUCUGCCAAGAAGGCCAGCACCCUGCGGAGGGCGACCGGCAGUGACCUCCGUUCACCUCCCCCCUCACCAUUCUCCGACCUCACCUACCCCAUGAAAGCUGCUCACCCCGUCGUUGCCUCCACCUGGCCUGUCAGUAGAACCAGGGCUGUGUCACCUGUCCCCCGAUCAUCCAGCCAUCCAAAGCCGCCUGUCAGCCCUCCCUCCACGUCACUGACCAGUAGCAGCCCCCAGUCCCCAGGGACUUCAGAGCCACAGAGCUGUUCCUCUUCCUGGACUGCCCUGUCUCAGGUCAAUGGGGACUUCAAGUCCCUUUCACACCAGCCGCCGCUGGAGGCCAGCAAGGCUCCUCAGAGCCCCUCCAGGAAGAGGAAGAAGCUGCUCAUGGGAGAGCCCCAGAAGCCUGGCUCAGCGGCAUGCCAGCCACAGCGCCCCAGGGGAGCAGCCGUGGCGCCUCGCAGGAAGGGGAAAAGGAAGAAGAGGAAGUGCCCAGGGGACGUGGCUGCCACAGCCUUGCAGGAGGGUCAGACUCAUGGGCAGCCCUGGAGCCCCAAGAGCAGGAAGAAGCGCCAGGUAGAUCUUCCGGCUGACCCACAGGAGGAAGAGGUCACACAGCCACAGGCAAACAACCUAGACACCCACCACCUGAGCAGCAGGAAACGCAGGAGGAGGGGAGUGGAGGGACUCAGCGAAAUUGGGCUACCCGAGGACCCACCUUUGCACAGCUGCUCCCCCACGUACCACAGAGAGCCGGAGACCAGGACAGAGUCUCCAAGGAAAAAGAAGAGGAGAAAAAGAAAGCAGGAGUCACAGCAGGAGGAAGAAGAGAACAAGCAUCCCGAAGGCCCCGGGAGGCUGAGGCCGGGUGUCUCUGCAGCCCCCGUGUGGAGCACGAACGGCCAGAUUCCUGGAGACCGUCUGGGGCCAGGACAGGCUCCUCUUGUACCCUGGAACAGAGAGCGAGAACCCGACGUGGUCCAGGAAUUACUCAGAUAUUCCGCUGACAAGGCGUAUGGGAGCAAAGUUCUGAGCUGGAGUGGGGAGCCGUCUGCAGUCAGUCAGGAUGCCAUCGAAGACAGCAGGCUGGCCCGCACCCAGACUGUGCUUGACCACUGGGAUGAAGAAUUUGAUCGAGGGAAGGAGAAGAAAAUGAAAAAAUUCAAGAGAGAGAAGAAGAGAAACUUCAACGCUUUCCAGAAACUUCAGAGUAGACGGAACUUCUGGUCUGUGACUCAUCCAGCCAAGGCCACCAGCCUUAGCUACCGCCGCUGAGCUCAGUGCUUGUCAAGCCUCCAGAGCUGUCACUCCCUGGGAACUCCAUCUGGAUCUGAGGAGCGGCCUUGAGCAGACUCCACCUCUGUGUCACCUCCAGGGUGCUGCACCGUGAGCUGCCAUGGUGGGGGCUCCUGGCACCUCUGUCAGCAGGUGACCCGUGAGGCUUGGGGCUUCUACAGCACAGACUUGUGGAGACAUUCAUGACAGGCCCCACAGGAGAAGCCCUGGCACAGGGUGUCAAGCGGACCAGCAGCACGCUGUGGGGCCUCCAGAAAGGCCAAGCGUCCUUGUGGUUGUGGACAGUGGGGUCUGGGUGGGCAAAGCCAUGUCCCUAGCUCUGGGGCUGUUCUCCCAGUGUGUCCUGUGCUCAGGGUAGCAGGGGUGCCUUGGCUCUUCCUGGCAAGCCACCCCUUGCUCCCUGCGGGUGACGCUGUCUCAUGCCGCGCCCUGCUUGUUCUCAGGCCUUGUGUCUGUAUGCCCUGCUGUCUGUCUCAGAGAGGAAGGUCCUGCGCUGACCACACCGCUGCCGCUCCCUUCCUGCACGGGGUUGGCCCUUCCAGAGUAUCUCCUCCUCACCAGAACUCCAGGCUCUGUGGAGAGCAGAGGCUGAGAUGGGGAGCCCUUGAAAUCAAUGCCAACGCGUCUGCCUGGUGAUUUUGCUGCAGCUUCCUUUCAGCAGCAGUGACCCCUGGGUCUCUGCAGAGGUGGUGGUCUUGGGGAUGAAUUCUCCAUAGUUUAUUACUUCAUAUAGAGCAUUUAUUUUUGAGCAGGCCUGUGGCUUCCUGCACUGUGUUUCUCUAAUAUGCUAACCCUUGCUUCUUGUGCAUGGUCUCGUGAGCACUGUGGACUCUGGCUCACUGCACAGCUCGCGCCACCUUCCCUGCGUGAGGCCUGCCUGCAGACGUGUGGUGGCCUGGGCUCCCUCUUGGAGGUGGUCUCUGAGGAGGCUGGCACCUUCUAGCACCGCUAAAGGUGCCGGGCCUGGGGCCUGCCUGCCGUCCUCGGCCCAUUCCACCCACUCUGCUCAGCUGCCACCCUUGGGGCCUCACCUGAUCCUGGUGUAGAAGGAAGAUGCACUUUUUUCCUAUGGGGAGGUACAGUUUUUCCUGCAGGAGGUUCUUUUUGUUUUCUAUCCUGUUUUCAUGUUUCCUCUUAAAAGAAGGUGGAGGGCAGCGUGGCUCUGGGCCUGGGUCUUCAGCUGCUUCCCGUCCGGUGGGCGGGGCCGUGGCUUCGUGCUCUGCUGCUGGGAAGGCAGGGCUUGCUUUUCCUCCUGAGGCGUUGACGUUCGUUCCUGUAUGCACUGUCCCCAGCCAUGUUUGUUUUGUACCGUUCUGUAGUUAGAUCUUAGUUGUCUUCUAGCGGAGAAUCGACCUCCACUCUCGCCCUCCCCUCCUCCAAAUCGGUCUCUUUCCCCACUGGAUGCACGCUGUCACCCCUUUUCCUGGAGAGACUGUCUCCCUCUCCCAGGCAGUGGAGUGCCUGACCUGACUUCUGACAGUGUCCAUCGCUGUCUGGUAGAAGCCAGCCCCUUCCUCCACAGAAAACCACCAGCCAACCAGGGACCAGGAAGAAUGAGACCCAGAAAACCACCCACAUUCUAGGUGACCGUCGCGUCCCAGCACCUUAGUAACCAACGCUCUCGCCACGGCAGCCUUGGCGUGGACCCUGCCUUUGUGCUUGGGAGUGGGGGGAGUGCGGGCGGCAGCCCACCUGCAGCGGGCCCUCGCCAUGCUCCGCACCACCCCUCCGUCUGUUGUGGGGAGCACCUCCCCCGAGUCCUGGCUGUGUGGCCACACCUGCGUGUGUACAGGUGUCCCUGCUCUCUGCACUUCCUCUCCAGCAGCCUGGGGAGCCCCAGAUGUUGCCAAGAUCUUGGUGCAAUAAAGAAUGUGUUG